AUGGCCCAUUUACAAACAACCAUGGACCACGACAUGCCCAUGCCCCCAUCACAUUCAAUGCCAGAUGAUAUGUGCUCAAUGAAUAUGUUGUUCACUUGGGACUGGAACAAUUCCUGUAUAGUGUUCAAAUGGUGGCACGUUAAAACCUUUUAUGGUUUCAUCAUUUCCAUGGUGGCAAUCACUUUACUUUCGUCUGGAUACGAGUUGGUCAAAGGAAUGGUCACCAAUUGGGAGAGAAAUUCCAUUGCAACAUUGACGGCAUCAACAACUACAUCAAACUCCAAUUCUACUCAACAACGCAAGUUUAGAACUCAAAGGGGCAUUUUGUACGGGAUUCAAGUGUUUUAUUCAUUCUUCCUAAUGUUGGUGUUUAUGACAUACAACGGAUGGUACAUGAUUGCCGUGGCUGUCGGCGCCGGCUUAGGUAAUUAUUUCUGGGGUGGAUCAAGUGAAAGAAGUUUAUCAUGCCACUAA